AUGCCAGGUACAACUGUAGACGUUCCAGGAAACAUGUCAAAGAAUGACACAAUCCCAUGGGUCGAGAAGUAUCGCCCACAGAAAUUGGAGGAAAUAGUUGGAAAUGAGGAAAUUGUUAGGUCUCUUGGUUUCUUCGUUGAGAAAGGGAAUCCGCCACACUUCAUCAUGUCGGGUCCACCUGGCUGUGGUAAAACGACUGCUAUUUGGGCUAUGGCGAGAGAAUCACUAGGAGAGCACGUGAAGAACGGCGUGCUUGAACUGAACGCUUCCGAUGAUAGAGGUAUUGAUGUUGUGCGGAACAAAAUUAAGUCGUUCUGUCAGACGAAAGUCACUCUCCCCCCUAAGCGACAAAAGUUGAUAAUCCUUGAUGAAGCAGAUUCGAUGACUGAGGGGGCACAACAGGCUUUGCGACGGAUUAUGGAGAACUACAGCGAAACGACACGUUUUGCCUUGGCUUGCAAUCAAUCUGACAAAAUCAUUGAGCCAGUGCAGUCUCGGUGCGCCAUCCUGCGGUUCCACAAACUCACUGAUGCACAGCUAGCGCACAGGCUUGAAGAAGUUUGUAAAGCAGAAAAGGUGGGUUUUUCUCGCCAUGAUAUCGUUUUAAUACCUCUUUUUCUAUUAGAACAAUUCUCAAAUAUCUUUAUCACUUGCCCAUACUUGUUUUCUUCUACACAUACAAUUGGUGAGCGAUACACUGACGGCAUAAUUUCUGCUUUGCAGAAAUUAUGCCGUCAGUGUAUCGCUCACCAAUUAGUCCUUUUGUUCUUUUUCCACUAUGACAAGUUCCACUUCAGCUUCAAUUUCUCGUGA